GGCAACAUUAGGUCAAGUAGCUGCAUCAUGGGCAUGGCUUCGUGGAGUUAUUAACAAGAAUCAUAAUCAAGACCAGUUUAUUGAUGAAUGGUUAAAUUACUCAAGUCAAGAGAGACCAUUUUCUGCAUCAUCUGUUAAAAAUCCAAGUUUUACAAAAUUUUCACUAAGAUACUGGCAUAUUAUGCUAAAUGCAGCUCCAAAUUUAAGUAAAUUUGCAUGUUGUCUUUUAUCCAUUCCACCUAAUUUUGCAACUUUUGAAUGGGUAUGGUCUUUAUUAGGUAAUAUACAUAUGGAACAUCAUAACAGGUUAUCACCAGUACAGGCUGCAAAGAUGAGUAAUAUUUUAGAUAAUGAUGACUAUAUUGAUAAUAGUGAUGAUAUAGACGAAUUUAUGGUAAAUUUAAAUCAAAUUUCUGAAAAAAUAAUAAAUGAUAUUCAUGUACUUGACGUAAAUAGUGAGAAAAUUAUUCCAGCACUUAAAGAUGUAUUUGAUUCUAAGGCUGUUAAAAAAUCAUUAAAUUUUUACAUUAAUCAAUC